AUGUCACUUCUUGCGCGAGUGUUGCACCACCAUAGUGAUCGCAGUCCCAAGCUGCUCACGCCCACAAACCUGAUAUCUCCCACUAAUCUGCUUUCGUCAAGUGCUCCAGCUUUCAGCCUCUCCAUUGCCAUAGAGUCGCCGCCCCUCGUGCUUUUUGGACACGCGCACGAGUCUACCGGGUGUAUUCUCCUGGGUGUAUUGUCAGUCGAUGCAGAACGCCACGUUGUACUUGACUCUGUUGUGCUUCUGCUUGUGCAGACUUUCCAUGCUACAAAACCUUUCGUUGCACCAGUGUCAGCGGUGACAGGGUGCAAAAAGUGCACCACGCGCAAAACGGAAUUGGCCCGCUGGGAUGUUCUCACAGAAUCUGCGCCAUUCCCGCCCGGAAGCCACGCAUACCCAUUCUCGCACUUGAUUCCCGGUCUGGUGGCAGCUCUGACCAAAUUGGGCAGUGCGCAGUCGGGUUCUUUUGUUAAGUACCAUUUGGAAGCUCGUGCACGCAUGCUGGGCAAAGAAACAGUGGUGGCUAUGCCGCUCCACGUGCUGCGACUGGUUUUCCGUGGUGCCGACAGAAACUCGGUCCGUGUGUUCCCACCCACGGAGAUUACGGCGCAAGCGGCUCUCCCAGGUGUGAUGUAUCCGAAGCUGACCUUCCCUAUCGAGCUUCGCAUGGACAAUGUGGUGAGUGCCCAUGGUGACCGCCGUUGGCGUAUGCGUAAACUUGCGUGGCGCCUAGAAGAACGCACUCAGGUACGGGCGCACGCCUGCGAGAAGCACUUGACGAAUGUGCGUGCGCUCGAGGCUUCCCGCUCACCACGUACGGAGUCUAAAGGUCUCCACCACCUGACAGUGCAAACGCUGAUGUUCAUGGGUCGGCCCGAUAUAGUUCCGGAGACGCUGCAACCUCAGGGUGCUCCCGAAGAAUUGGCUGGCAACCCUGAAAGCGUACCAGACCGUCUGAUUGAAGACCGACUUGUCGAUGGCCCUUUCCGUCAUCCAGCUGAUGAUCUGCCUGAACAAGAAACCAUGUCUCCUACGGGUGCAGCCUCAAAUCCAGAGCAACCUGCUCCUGCUACUCUGCCAGAACUAUAUCUUGAGGAACUACGUGUGGUGGCUCAUGGUGAAGUCAAGAGUGGCUGGAAAUCCGAUUUUCUGGGCCGCGGGCGCAUUGAACUUGUGGCCGAAAUCUCUGCGCUCGCGUGCCUGACAGGCGUGGUGCGCCACACGCUGCGCAUUUCUUCGCGCGACCCGCCUCUCGAUGACGAUCUGCGCUCAGGCGCGAACGUUUCUUGCGACAUUGCCGACCCGACCCUUGGCAUCUAUGUGGGACAUGUCUUGGUGGUAGAAGUUAUCAUUGCUGAGGAAGUCGUUCAGCAGAAAAAAAUGGUGUACGAUGCUGUUGCUCCAGUGCUGACUUCGAGCGUGGUGGGCGUCCCCACAGGUUCUGCGCGGGUCUUGCGAAUGCAGUUUAAGGUUGUGGUGACCGAACGUUCAGGUUUAGGAAUAGCGUGGGACGACGAGGUGCCCCCAACAUAUGAAGAUGUAAGUGCAUUAAGUCCUCCUACAUAUGAGACGCUGACUCCGCUGCUUUCGCUGACUCCGGCGGUGUUGGAUGCUGUUGGUUCGACUCCUGUGCUGAACAUUGCACAUGUACUUGAUUUGGAUGAGCACGUCCAGGAAUUCCGUCUUUAA